AUGGCUCUGGGCUUCAUGUCUAGAGUGGAGGAGCUGCUGGCCUCAAGCAGCAAGGUUGUGUGGAGCUUGGCGGAGCAGACCCUCAGAAGAUGGUCCUCUCAGGGGCUCAUGCCAGCCCGCCGCUUCCUACAGACAUGGUGGCGGCUCGGGGAGUUCUAUCAGGUACGCUGGAACUGUGUUACCAAUCAAUCCCUUUACUCCAGGGGAAGGAUUGUACUGUACAUGCUACUCUGAUCAAUUUGACUUUUAUUGACUACCCUGUUGACUGUGCCAGCUGCUAGCUGCCAACUGGGAUGUACUGGUGGCUGGAGCAAGAUCAUGUCUAAUAUAUAUUCUAAUUUGACCUGUCUUGUUGAUACUGUUUUACAUCUUGCUUUCUGUAAAUUGACAUAACUGUCAGGAGUUGUCUGGAGUCUGUAGAAUAACCAUCACAUUGUAGCUAUAACUAUGUAUAUCCAAAGGGUACUACGAUUUAAUUUUACUUUUAGAAUUACAUAUUGUAUUUGAUAGAUUGUCUUUGACUGGUCAGUGUCCAAUUGAUGGUGUCUGUUGGGUGAAAGUUUACUGUUUGUGCCUGUGAGGACUCAGGACAGGGUGUUUCUGUAUGAGUCACAGAGACAGGUUUAACAUGGGUCUCAUGGCACAUAUGGAAGUCAUCAGGAAGCAGCAUGGCCAGUCUUUUGAGCUUUGAAGGUUGUCUUUGAAAUGCUGUCUUUUGUUGGAGCACCUGAAUGGGAUCUUGUUUAUGAACAAAUGAGACAUCUUCUAUAAUUAUGUACAUUUCUGUCAAAAUUGGAAAAUGUUCCAAAAUUUAAAAAAUGUCAAGAUUUCAAAUUAGGAAAGGUUAUUGUUUAUGAAGUACCACUAAAAGCCAAAUUACAUCGUCAGUGAAGAUGGCUGGUGACAGGAGAUGGUAAUCAGUGAGAAUAUGUCAAUAAGCCUGAUAAGCAGUCAAUUACAGGCAGGGCCUAAUGCUUCAGGGUUGGAGCUAAGCCUAUGUAGGUCAGUGGCUGGAGGUCGUGUGAAGAGGCCACGGCUGGAACGCCCCGCCCCAAUGACAGGCCUUCAGGGGGAUGACCUCUCUGGCAUGGCUAUUACACAUCACAUGACCUUCCUUUAAACCUGCGGGUCAACCUCUCUAAAGCCAUGGCCUCUAGCCUGUCUGCCUUACGUGAGGGGUGGUCCAUCUUGACACUUGUUAAAAAAUAGUUAGGAUACAUAGUCUAGUGAAAAGCAUGAGCUGGCGCACACCCAAAGCUGAUUAAUGGUGAGUCAAUUGUAGGCUAUAAAAAUAAAGAGUUGCACGUUAUAUAUAAGCUCCCAGUAAUUUAUUGGGUAAACUACCAACGUUUCGGCAUCACAGUGCUUUUUUCAGGGGUCCAUCCUGACAAUUGUUAAAAUAUGUUUAGGUCAGAUAGUCACCAACAAAUCUCCCCACUGGGCACACACUGGUUGAAUCAACGUUGUUUCCACGUGAUUACAAUGAAAUCACGUUAACCAACGUGGGGCUAGGGUUGAAUUGAUGUCAGUGGGUCUUCUUUUACUGCAUUCUACUAAAGUAAGGAAACAUGAAUUGCGUGAGAACAACAUGUAGAUCCACAGGACAUUGUACCUCUAGGGGUAUUUUAGGCAUUGUCUGUUAAAAUGUUUAUGAGUCCAUGUCUUUUUUAAAUUGGUUGUGCGGUGAGCUGUGGCGUAAUGAUUUGGGGAUAGGGUUCAGACUGAGCAGUAGCUCAUUAGAUGUCUUGCUAAGGUGAAUUUGAAAUGGAGUUACUGUAUGCGGGUGGUGGUGGUGUGAGGGUAGGUGGGGGGGCUUUAGGGGUAGACAGAGACAGGCACAGAAAAGGAGCAGAAAAGCUGGGGGUGUGGGUAGUGUGUUGGAGAUACUUGAAUUUUUUUAUACUUUAACUCAACAUUUGUACUACUAUUGUCUCACUUUAUCCCAUUAAACAAUGUUGGAAGACUAACACAUUUUAGACCAUGGAGCUACUGGCCUCUUUGUUUGUAUGUUUUAAUGUAAUUUGUCCAUAACAAUGCAGCAUUGAUAAAUGCACCAUAGUGUGGAUCAUGCACUGGACAACCCCCACAAUCACUAUAGCGACUAAUCCAUGUUUAGACAAUGGAGAUUGUGUAAUUAACAGCUACAAUAAUUCUCUCUAUUAAAACGGAUUACACACAAUCCUAUGUUGUUCUAUGAAGACAGGUCUUAUAGUUUUUUUCUCUGUGUUAUAAAAACUUGUCAUCUAGUAAUCCAUGAUUGUGUUUCUGAUUAAGGUUCUUGGUCUUUGCUACAUAGAUGGGCUAUUGAACCAUUCAGAAAGGGCUUGAAUUCUCAAGGGAAACAUGACUGAGAUUCGACUUUGUUUUUGAAAUUCCUAGAAACUACAGUUUGACUUUAGAAAAAGAGAGUUGACAUAAUUCAGUGUUUGCGUGACAAUAAAUAAAAUACUUUGUCCAGACAUGCCCAUAAGUGAGUAAAUGUCAAUUAGGUUUUAUGUGUUCAAAAACAAAGCAAAAAAGUAGCCUGUAUAACAGCUUAAAAGCAACUCUGUGGUGGUGGUGGAGGGAACAAUAUGUUCUGGUAGACUGCAGUUAACACCAGCCCAGAACUUCUAUUCCCACCCUGUGGUCACUUUCCACCAUAGAGACCAGGCCAGCCUAACCAGUUGGGAGCCACAUGUUUUUCACUCAAACCGACUCUUCGCCACGUUCAAGCAGCCUUGAGAGUCAACACAGACACGAAUCCUGUGAAUCAUCUUUCCCUGGUGUCCCUGCAGCUUUUGCAGACCUCUUACAUGGCCAUGCUUUGUUGAAGUGUCUCAGUUUUACCUGACAAUUCAGUCUCUUGUUUCUUACAACUGUGUUUGUUGAAACAUUGUCCCAAUAUCACUACACACUCAGACAUAACAGAAUAAGGAAAGCAGAUUAUGGGUCUUAAAAUAUCACCAACAGCAGCUUGAAUGUUCACUAUCUCCAAACACACCCACACACUCAUCUCAACUGCGGGCCUACAAAAGGGGGGCAUGCCGCCAGUUGCCCUUCCCUGUUCCAGGGGAUGUCAUCAUGUCUGUUCCCUUCCCACAGAUGACAGAGGGCCGGCUGUGCCAGGUGCACCUCCUGGACGACAGGAAGCUGGACCUACUGGUCCAGGUACACACCCUCCACACAUCCUCGACUUCCGUACUUCUAAUGUUGAUCACUGUGUCGUUAUACUCUAUUUCAUUUAUACUGGUUUCAUUUUCCUAGCCGAAGCUCUUGUCCCGGGACCUGUUAGACUUGGUGUCCUCACACUUUAACCUGAAGGAGAAGGAGUAUUUUGGAAUAUCCUUCAUCGAUGACGCGUACGUACAACUCCUACAGAUGUUCUAUUUUAAUUUGAUCACAGCAGGAAAUGCAAAUUGUAGUGUAUUCAAGGCUUCUAAAGUUUGUAAUUUCUACUUUAAAAUGUCAGACUUGAUUCAUCCUAACAAAAAAAUGUGCAACCCCUACAAAAAUGUCCAUUCAUUAUAAUACACAUAAUAAUUCACAAUUCCUGUUGCUGCAGGAUUAUUUUCCUGCUGUGAGAAACUAAUCAACAUUUAGGAAGUACAUCUGUAACUACAUUUCCCUACAGCUCCCUUUCCUGCUGCUGAUUGCAUCUCCAUGACACAACUUGAAAUUAUGCAAUUUAUGAGACAACUCUGUAUCAGUCUAGCAGUUGACAUCAAAGUUAAAGGGGUAGCAUCUGCUCGUAUACUUCCCCAGCGGUCAGAGUAAAUGGCUCCAGCUGGAUCGCAGGGUCCUGGAUCAUGACUUCACUGAAAAGACUGGUCCACUGGAGCUGAAGUUCCUGGUCAGGUGAGUGAUCUCUCUCUCACUGCCUCUCAGCUGGUAGCCUACAGUAUGGACCACCAUACUGUAGUAGCCGGCUACCCCAUAGUGUACUCUAUCACAAACCUAGCAUCAGUCUGAGACUUCGACAGUGUAUUUUACAUAUCUUACAGUGUAUCUUACACACUUUAAUCCAUAGACUUUCCUUCCUCUUCGAGAACAUCUGAAAAUGUGAGGUAUCUAUAAAUGUUGCCCAAGAGAAGCCUCAAAGAGCUACUACAGUGUUAAUCCCCAGUGUUGAUCGGAGGAGGUACAGUACUUGUAACCCAGACCACAUGUAGCGACUCGUGUCCAGUAGAUGGCGCUAAUGUAACAGUGUUUGACAAUCUGCAAUAAGAACGACUGUUCUGAAAUUGGAAGGGGGGCACUAUUACCCUUACACCUAAUUCAAGUACUCCAUAUGAUUUACACCAUGUAUAUAUGUGUGUUUUACAGGUUUUAUAUUGAGAAGAUAACAUUCUUGAAAGAGAAUACAACAGUGGAGCUGUUUUUCCUAAAUGCCAAAUUGUCUGUCUUCAAUGUAAGUGGAUGUAACUACAUUUCUUACAUUUGUUACUCAAUAUGAUUGUAUUGAGCAUGCCACGAGUCAGCCCUCCAUAGCCUGUCCUUCAAUUUCCAUGCCAAUGCACAAAUAAUGUGCUUACUCUGUUGGGGCUCAUCCACUGCAUGCGUAGACAUAAACCAAUUGUGUGACCUGUGAUCAUUUGUGUGAAAAUAUAAUCCCACAAAUGGAAUUACAAGACAAAAGUUCCUGCUGUGGAAUCAUUGUGGGGAAUUCUAACUGAUAGGAUGAGUUGCUGCUGGAACUGAAAGCUGACUCUAGAUGUCAACAUCUUAAAACAAGCAAGGUGGGCCCAAAACAUAGUUGGUGGCCAGAGAGUUAUUUUGUCUACAAACCAUUUACAGAAGACAGUUGUUUAGUAAGGAGUGCCUGUUUUACUGGACACUCUCCAGUACUUAUUAAGAUGUAGGCCAUUACUCUUCAUUAUUUCAAGCUCUUUCAAAAACAGUCUUUAGAGUAAUUGUUCUGCACAUAUUUAAUUACUCAUGGGGCUAAACUCACUUCACUUGCUGACUUCACACUUUUGUUUUAUGUACUCUAAUACUACAUUCUUCAACACAAUGAGUACCAAAUAGUUAGCUAAUCCUCCAAAAUAUAAUUUGACUCAGGGCUCUCUUUUGGAAACGCUGCACUGUAACAACAUGAAAAAGAACAAUAUCCUGAUUCACUGCCUCCCCUCUCAGAGACCUGUGUAUAUUUCCCAUGCCACACACAGCCAGAGUAGCAGAAAUUAGCUGUAUUGUUAUAAAGUAUUAGAUAGCGUUUGUGAUAAUUAACAGGAGGAAAUCAUCUACUAUACAUGUUGGAUGAUGGAGCUGGAGAAACAGGUCUGACAUUUCAUACACAUACAGACACACAUACAUCACAAAUUAGCCUACACACACACAUACACACACAAACACACACACACACACACACAUACACACAUACUCACACACACACACAGCAGUGAUUGUAAUGGGUUGAGUGGUGCACCCACCCACCGUUCACUUUCCUUAUUAGUCUGACAUUGGAAAGCUGAUGUUUGACCAUCAAAAAUCUGGGGUGUAAUUAAACAAUUACACCCCAGGUGGUAAGGGUAGGCAACAACACAUCCGCCAGGCUGACCCUCAACACGGGGGCCCCUCAGGAAUGCGUGCUUAGUCCCCUCCUGUACUCCCUGUUCACCCACAACUGUGUGGCCACGUAUGACUCCAACACCAUCAUUGAGUUUGCUGAUGAUACUACGUGGUAGUCCUGAUCCCCGACAACGAUGAGACAGCCUAAAGGGAGGAGGUCAGAGACCUGGUCGUGUGGUGCCAGGACAACAACCUCUCCCUCAACCUCAGCAAGACAAAGGAGCUGAUCUUGGACUACAGGAAACAGAGGACCGAGCACGGCCCCACUCACAUCGACGUGGCUGUAGUGGAGCAAGUUGAGACCAAGUUCCUCGGUGUCCACAUCACUAAGGAUCUAUCAUGGUCCACACACACCAACACAGUCGUGAAGAGGGCACGACAGUGCUGUUGGUUCCAGACUUGCACCAUUGAGAGCAUCUUGACUGGCUGCAUCACCGUUUGGUAUGGCAACUGCUUGGCAUUCGACUACAAGGCGCUACAGAGGGUAGUGCGUAUGGCCCAGUACAUCACUGAGGCCGAACUCCCUGCCAUCCAGGACCUCUAGACCAGGCAUUGUCAGAGGAAUGUCCUUAAAUUUGUCGAAGACUCAAGCCACCCAAGUCAUAGACUGUUCUCUCUGCUACUGCACGGCAAGCGGUAACGAUGCACCAAGUCUGGAACCAAUAGGAUCCUGAACAGCUUCUUCCUGCAAGCCAUAAGACUGCUAAAUAGUUAGUUAAACAGAUACCCGGACUAUCUGAAUUGACGCUUUUUGCACUAACUUAUUCGCUGCUGCUAUUUUCAUAUAUAGAUCAGCUUUAAUAUUGCAGAUAGAUUGUGGGUUCUAUCACUGUAAUUGUCUGCAACAUUUCCAGUCCCCCAUACAGUGGGGAAAAAAAGUAUUUAGUCAGCCACCAAUUGUGCAAGUUCUCCCACUUAAAAAGAUGAGAGAGGCCUGUAAUUUUCAUCAUAGGUACACGUCAACUAUGACAGACAAAAUGAGAAAAAAAAUCCAGAAAAUCACAUUGUAGGAUUUUUAAUGAAUUUAUUAGCAAAUUAUGGUGGAAAAUAAGUAUUUGGUCAAUAACAAAAGUUGCUCAAUACUUUGUUAUAUACCCUUUGUUGGCAAUGACACAGGUCAAACGUUUUCUGUAAGUCUUCACAAGGUUUUCACACACUGUUGCUGGUAUUUUGGCCCAUUCCUCCAUGCAGAUCUCCUCUAGAGCAGUGAUGUUUUGGGGCUGUCGCUGGGCAACACAGACUUUCAACUCCCUCCAAAGAUUUUCUAUGGGGUUGAGAUCUGGAGACUGGCUAGGCCACUCCAGGACCUUGAAAUGCUUCUUACGAAGCCACUCCUUCGUUGCCCGGGCGGUGUGUUUGGGAUCAUUGUCAUGCUGAAAGACCCAGCCACGUUUCAUCUUCAAUGCCCUUGCUGAUGGAAGGAGGGUUUCACUCAAAAUCUCACGAUACAUGGCCCCAUUCAUUCUUUCCUUUACACGGAUCAGUCGUCCUGGUCCCUUUGCAGAAAAACAGCCCCAAAGCAUGAUGUUUCCAACCCCAUGCUUCACAGUAGGUAUGGUGUUCUUUGGAUGCAACUCAGCAUUCUUUGUCCUCCAAACAUGACGAGUUGAGUUUUUACCAAAAAGUUAUAUUUUGGUUUCAUCUGACCAUAUGACAUUCUCCCAAUCCUCUUCUGGAUCAUCCAAAUGCACUUCAGACGGGCCUGGACAUGUACUGGCUUAAGCAGGGGGACACGUCUGGCACUGCAGGAUUUGAGUCCCUGUCGGCGUAGUGUGUUACUGAUGGUAGGCUUUGUUACUUUGGUCCCAGCUCUCUGCAGGUCAUUCACUAGGUCCCCCUGUGUGGUUCUGGGAUUUUUGCUCACCGUUCUUGUGAUCAUUUUGACCCCACGGGGUGAGAUCUUGCGUGGAGCCCCAGAUCGAGGGAGAUUAUCAGUGGUCUUGUAUGUCUUCCAUUUCCUAAUAAUUGCUCCCACAGUUGAUUUAUUCAAACCAAGCUGCUUACCUAUUGCAGAUUCAGUCUUCCCAGCCUGGUGCAGGUCUACAAUUUUGUUUUUGGUGUCCUUUGACAGCUCUUUGGUCUUGGCCAUUGUGGAGUUUGGAGUGUGACUGUUUGAGGUUGUGGACAGGUGUCUUUCAUACUGAUAACAAGUUCAAACAGGUGCCAUUAAUACAGGUAACGAGUGGAGGACAGAGGAGCCUCUUAAAGAAGAAGUUACAGGUCUGUGAGAGCCAGAAAUCUUGCUUGUUUGUAGGUGACCAAAUACUUAUUUUCCACCAUAAUUUGCAAAUAAAUUCAUUAAAAAUCCUACAAUGGGAUUUUCUGGAUUUUAUUUUCUCAAUUUGUCUGUCAUAGUUGACGUGUACCUAUGAUGAAAAUUACAGGCCUCUCUCAUCUUUUUAAGUGGGAGAACUUGCACAAAUAGUGGCUGACUAAAUACUUUUUUUCCCCACUGUAUAUUUAAAAAACAUAUAUUUUCCUUCUUUAUUAUUUUCCCCUAACCCUACCACCCUUUCCCUAACUGGAGUAAAAUGUAUGGACAACAAUACUUAGGCUUCUACUUCCAGCUUAUACGUACUCUAUACAUUUUACUGACACAGUAUAUUUUACAUUAGUUAUCUUUUUUUAUUUGUUUUAUUUGUUAUUAGUCCCAGCCGUCAGCUACCCUCAACCCCUCCCAUCUAUCUCUGAACACCAUCCAGUUUUGAUUUCUAAUUGCCAUAUAUUUUUCAACUGUGCUGUAAUAUUUCACAAAAGUUCUUAACUUUUCUAUUCUCAUAGUUUCUACAUAUUGUAUAUUAAAGAUGAAAAUGUUUACUAAGAGUAUUAUUAUAUUAUUGACUUGCUGCUACUGUUUAUCUGUCACUUUUAUUCCUAGUUAUAUGUACAUAAAUUAUAUACCUCAAUUACCUCAUACCCCUGCACAUCGACUCGGUAGUGGUAUGCCGUGUAUAUAGCCAAGUUAUAGUCACUCAUUGUGUAUUUAUUAUUACUUUUAUUAUUACGUGUUUUACUUUUCUAUUGUUUCUCUAUUUUCUGUCUCUCUUCAUUGUUGGGAAGGGAGCAUAAACAUUUCACUGUUAGUCUACACCUGUUGUUUACGAAGCAUGUGACUAAUAACAUUUUAUUUUAUUUGACAUUUAGUCAGUCAGUCUCUGCGUAGCCAGGGAUGGUGUAAAUCCAGAUGGCUCUUCAUCAGUAUUUGUUUAUCACCUAAUGUUGCUGAAUUAUCCAGAGGAAACAAUGGAAUCCCAAUAUGAGUUCAGAUGUGAUAGUUACCCAUGUAUUUAAGCAUCUCUGGCCCAUGGAGAUGGUCUUAAAGGCAGUCAUAAAUGUGAUUUUCCUGUGUUUUAUAUAUACAGUAUUUCCACACUAUGAGGUUGGAAUAAUACAGUGAAAUUGUGAAAAUUAUGAAAAUGCCCUUUUAAUGUAAGAGCUGUUUGAAAAGUCAGCCUGAAAUGUCAGCCUGUUUUGGUGGAAUUUAGUUUAGACCAAUAAGAAAGAGAGUUCCAAACAUCUCUGCCAAUAACAGCUAGUUUUCCAUUUUCCCCUUCCCACUCAGACCACUCACGAACAGUCUUAGCAAAAUUGUUGCUUGAGAAAUUGCUCUUUGCUAAGAAACUAUUUUUGUUUCUUUUUGACCAUUUUGAUUGCAAACAAUCACAGUAAGGUACUGUUACCCAGAAAUUAUUUAAAUUAUUAAAAACUUCACGUGCACUGCAUAACCCUGUAUGGAACUGAACAGAAUCCAUUUGAUAUCACACACACUAGAAAUAUGUUUUCCUCUCUCUAGUUUUUUCAAAGCACCCCACUUUUUUAUUUUCUGGUUCAAUUAAAGUUGAUAGAGUACCACAGUAUGAGUCAUAAUACCCAUAAAACCUAGCGGUCAAACUGGGAAAUGGUUCCAAUCGUUUUUCCACCAAUCAUUUUCCCCAUAGGUCAUUUUAGAAACACUUAAAAUAAGGUCUGUGUUUCGUGUAGGCUUACCCUGGUGUGAUGUUUUGAUAACCAUGUAAAUAUCUCUAGGACAAGGUGACUUUUAUCGAUAUAUUCGCCUGUAUUCACCCCCCCAAAAUGAAAUGCUAAUUAGCUGCUAAUGUGGCUAUCAUGAAGAACUACACAUGCCAUGAUGAUCUGGACAAGACAGCCAAAUCUCUGGAUUUCCUAUCUAAUGUUAGCUAAAUGGAGUAAUUAAUAAAUUGACUAACUUUCUUUAAAUGGACAAUUCUGUGAGCUGUCUUGUGCAAGUUUUAAAUUGACACAAUACCUGUUAGCAAAAUUGUCAGCUAGAGAUGACAUGCAGGAGCUUGCAGGGAUUUGUAGUUUUGCAUGACGUCUACUUUGAUGCUAAUUAGCAAUUUCGAAUCUGAGAGUAUAUAGAGACUAAUAUAUUGAUAAAAGUCACCUUGUCCGAGAGAGAUUUACAUGGUUAUCAAAAUGUCACCCCAGGGUAAGCCAACACAAAACACAGCCCUUAUUUUAAGUGUUUAUAAAAUCCCCUAUGGGAAAAAUGAAUGGUGGAAAACAAUUGGAACCAUUUCCCUGUUUGACCGCUAGGUUUUAUGGGUAUUAUGACUGUAAAAACUAUUGGUCGCUAAAUCUGGUGGAUUGAAGGACCAUGUAAAAAACUGUUGGUAACUAAAUCCGGCUAGAUGGACCAUGUAAAAACGGUUGGCUGGUAUGCCCUCACCCGUCUGAGCGGUCGGCUGUGAAUGCCCUCACCCGCUAUAUACUUAAUGCUGAUUGGUUUGGUUCUGCCCACUAUAGUGCUGUCCGGUUAGAAUAUGAUGUUGAGGCCCAUCACUGUACUCUUGAUAGUCACCACCACACACACACACAGACGCAAACACAUCUGUUUCCAUUUGAAGAUGUUUAAUGAUUGUGGUAAUCCAAAUGGCUUGGAAUCUUAUUGUUGUGGUUAUUUCGAUGCAUGCACAACAUUCAGACAUUCGUGUUACUGUCGACAAUAAAAAGUCCUCAGAAACAUGUGUCUUUUCCCUUCGGACGACGAUAACGUAGUGAGGGUCCCAAUGGUCCCGUGGAGGUGGCGAGCGCUCAGGUCGGGAGGGGAGUAGCUGGGCCGACUCAGGGAGUAUCGGCAUUGAUGGCGCUCCCGUGAUGGUGACGAUGGCUCUAGUCGGGGAGGCCUAGUGCAGUGGUGGUCAGUUGGUAGAGCAUGGCACAUGCAAUGCUAGAUUUGUGGGUUUCAGUCCCACAGGGGACCAGUACGAAAAAGUAUGAAAAUGUGUGCACUCACUACUGUAAGUCGCUCUGGAUAAGAGUGUCUGCUAAAUGACUAAAAUGUAAAUGUAAAAUUAGAGUAGGGGCAGUACCAGUGCUCCCGUGGCGGUGACUCAGGCCGGGAGGGCCUAAAGUACGCCCUCAUGAUCUCUUGCUGCUCGUGUCGCAGGUACUCGUAUUCCCUCAUCAGCUUCCAACUGGUGAGGGUAUGGUCACUACCUGACCACUGAGCAGGGCUGGUAGUCUCUUAGAUUAGAGAGGUGUGUAGGGCCUUGCAACUCAUCUUCCUCAGGUGCAUGACGGCUUUGUGUGGUGGUGUGGUCUGAGAUGGGUGGUGACAGGCGUCUCUUGGCAUGACUCCUCUUCGGGGCACCUCAACAUCUCAACUAUAGAGGUCAGAAUCCGGCGAUACGAAAGACCAUGUAAAACCUAUUGGUCGCUAAAUCCGGCAGAAUGAAGCACCAUGUAAAAAACUGUUGGUAGCUAAAUCGGGCUAGAAGGACCAUAUAAAAACGGUUGGCUGGUAUGCCCUCACCCGUCUGAGUGGUCGGCUGUGAAUGCCUUCACCCACUAUAUACUUAAUGCUGAUUGGUUUGGUUCUGCCCACUAUAGUGCUGUCCGGUUAGAAUAUGAUGUUGAGGCCCAUCACUGUACUCUUGAUAGUCACCACCACACACACACACAGACGCAGACACAUCUGUUUCCAUUUGAAGAUGUUUAAUGAUUGUGGUAAUCCAAAUGGCUUGGAAUCUUAUUGUUGUGGUUAUUUUGAUGCAUGCACAACAUUCAGAUAUUCGUGUUACUGUCGACAAUAAAAAGUCCUCAGAAACUUGUGUAUUUUCCCUUCGGACGACGAUAACACUCUGACCUGAGUGGGCGGGUGCAGUGUCCAGAUAUGCAUUUCCAAGCUCUCUGAUUGGUUGGGAAUGGCAGGGCUAUGACUGGUGAGGGAUAACUACGGUAGGAUGAGCAGCCAAACUAACGGGACUUAAGGGAAACUGAAGGGACUGUGAGGGGAAGUUAGGUAGAGAGGAGAGGAGCAAGACAGACUUUUUUUUUUACAAUGACACCUCCACGUUCAAAACAACUGGGAACUCGGAACUGGGAAGAAAUCUCAGCCUUCCGACUUCAGUGCGUUCAAAACAACUGGGAACUCGGAAAAAAACAUGCUCUGACUGGGAAAAUGUUAUUUGAACGGUCAUCCAACUCAGAAUUGCAACUUGGGAACUCAGGCCUCUUUCUAGAGCUCCAACUUUCCGACCUGAAUAUCACUGACGUCAUGAUUUGACCUCGUAUUUUUCCAAGUUCCCAGUUGUUUUGAACGCAGCCUAAGAACUAAGAAGACCAGACACAGCUGCUAUUGCAUUGGUUUCUAUGGGAGACACACAUAGUUAAGUAGACAGGAACUGACCAUUUAUUUCAAUGGUAAACGGCCUGAGUGAAUUAUCUUCAUUUAUCCACCAUCUUUGAUACAAUGCUGCCAAUUUGCCAGGAGUGUAUUCAUUCUGGUGAUUCUGUUGCAAAACAUUUCUUAAACGGAAGCAAACGAAACGGGGAGGGACCUACCUGAAUUUGUCCAAUAGAAACUCUUGUUUUUCUCUGUUUGUUUCCGUUUUGGACCACAGGGGUGUUUCUUAAACGGAAGCAAACAGAGCAAAACGAGAGUUUCUGUUGGACAAAUUCAGGUAGGUCUCUCCUCGUUUCGUUCCGUUUCCUUCCGUUUAGGAAACGGUUUGCAACAGAAUUGGCGUAAUGAAUACGCUCCAGGACCUUAUAGCUCAGUGCCCAGGACGAACUUUUUUUCAACACUGGAGGAACGUGAACCUGCUCGAAGAAUGUACCAUUUUGAUGAUUAGGGGGUUGAAAUUAUAAAUAACUGUGGUUAUAGAGGCUUUUUGUAGCUAUUGUAUGUACUUUGUCGUUGCAUGUCAUUAUAUAGGCUAUGCAGCAAGAUUUAGUUUUGAACGUCCAUGAAGAAUAUGAAAAACAUGUAAGAUUCCGAAUCAACCUUAAAUACGUACACCUGCUUUUCAUUGACAUUGGUUCAGUCGGUAACCGUUGAGGUAGGUACUUACUGGUGGGAAUGAGAUUUCCUUCAAGUCAAGUGCUACUGUUCCAACGUGGUACUCUUGUUGUUUUUUACCCUAUAACACAUUUUCUCAUUUUUUGUUGUUUUUUACCCUAUAACACAUUUUCUCAUUUUUUAACGACAGGAGAUAAUCGAAGUGGAGAGUGAAAAUGUUUUCAAAUUAGCUGCAUACGCUUUGCAGGUAAGUGCAUUUUUGUAGUUUGUGUGACUGUAAUUCAUCAGCGAUUUGAAUAUAAACUGAAUCAACACUCAUGCACGCUGUUAAAAUAAAUUCAUUUCGGAGUCGUCUUGUAAGUGAUGUGCAGCUACGUUUUUACUUCAAUAUUGAAAUCAUUGUACUUCUUAUAGUGUGUAAUAAGAUGUUUUGCUGUAAAUGCUAUUCAAAACUGAGUAAGAUUAAAAAGUGUUCCCAUAGUCCUAAAUAACAUUCAAGACUUAUUAAUGACGUACUGAUAAUGUUUUUAUAAGUCCUCCAGGCUAGUAGUACUUGAUGCAUAUUCAUUAUUCUAACUUGUAAGGGCACUCUUGUUUCGCAGGAGGCCAAAGGAGACUACACAAGGUAAUUCACUCAUGUCAACACUAAUAGAUACAUAAAUACGUAUUAUUACUAUUAUUAGAACACAAUUAUCACUGAUCUGCAUACAUCUUUUGUUAAAUAUCAUAACAUAUUGCUUCAGCUUGCACCAUGUUACUCACUCUGUCACAUUUGUCAGCCACAGUAGGCUACUUGCAAAGGGCCAUUUUAAAACAUGUAGGCCUAUGGAAGAGUAAAACUUGUAUGUUACUGGGGCUAACUCAUAAAACAUGUUUUUGUGAAAGUUUCAGGGUCAUUCCAUGUCAAUUCAGCAAGCCAUGUCACCCACCAUCUCAGAUUGUUCUGAAAUUGUUUCAGUAGUUAGAAACCGAUAAGAUUAGCAUUCCUGAAACAUUAUUUUGUUUAAAUAUCAUUUUAUCUGAGAAAUUAAGUGAAUUGAUUUCACCCAAAUUGGCCAUUUUAAUCCAUAGGAUUCUUAUAAUCUUCAAUAAAUAUAGUACCUAACAUCUGAUUUGAACCAUAAUUCUUCCUAACAAUGAGUAAGACAUGAGGAAUCCAAUAAAAUGAUCAAUAGCCACCCACAGAUCCCUCACACCAACAACCAGUAUACGGUAUCAGUUCUCUGUCUGACAAGUAGUAUGGAGCUGCUGCUUGGGGUAUUGCUUCUUCAACCUUUGUAAUGUAUUCCCUGUAAAUCUGGUGAUGGUUUUCUUCCCCUGUUCAGAGAAAUUAGCCAUUGCAGGACACGCAGGUUGAAAUAUCAAAACAAACUCUAAACCAACUAUAUUAAUUUGGGGACAAGUCGAAAAGCAUUAAACAUUACAAACUUACAUUUACAUUUUAGUCAUUUAGCAGACGCUCUUAUCCAGAGCGACAUACAGGAGCAAUUAGGGUUAAGUGCCUUGCUCAAGGGCACAUUUACGUCAUUUAGCAGACGCUCUUAUCCAGAGCGACUUACAAAUUGGUGCAUUCACCCUAUAGCCAGUGGGAUAACCACUUUACACUUUUUUCUUUUUUUUUCUUUUUUUUUUUGGGGGGGGGGGGGGGGGUGGAAGGAUUACUUUAUCCUAUCCCAGGUAUUCUUUAAAGAGGUGGGGUUUCAAAUGUCUCCGGAAGGUGGUGAGUGACUCCGCUGUCCUGGCGUCGUGAGGGAGCUUGUUCCACCAUUGGGGUGCCAGAGCAGCGAACAGUUUUGACUGGGCUGAGCGGGAACUAUGCUUCCGCAGAGGAAGGGGAGCCAGCAGGCCAGAGGUGGAUGAACGCAAUGCCCUCGUUUGGGUGUAGGGACUGAUCAGAGCCCGAAGGUACGGAGGUGCCGUUCCCCUCACUGCUCCAUAGGCAAGCACCAUGGUCUUGUAACGGAUGCGAGCUUCAACUGGAAGCCAGUGGAGUGUGCGGAGGAGGGGGGUGACGUGAGAGAACUUGGGAAGGUUGAACACCAGACGGGCUGCGGCAUUCUGGAUGAGUUGUAGGGGUUUAAUGGCACAGGCAGGGAGGCCAGCCAACAGCGAGUUGCAGUAAUCCAGACGGGAGAUGACAAGUGCCUGGAUUAGGACAACUUGCUGUUGCUAGCUAAUUUGUCCUGGGAUAAAAACAUUGGGUUGUUAUUUUACCUGAACUCCUUUACUCCGACAAUUAAUCCACAGAUAAAAGGGUAAACCGAGUUAGUUUCUAGUAAUCUCUCCUCCUUCAGUCUUCUUCUUCUUCUUUGGACUUUAUAUGGCGAUUGGCAACCAACUUUAAGGUGCAUUACCACCACUAACUGGACUGGAGUGUGGACCUCAGUUCAUCUUUCAAUCACCCACGUGGGUAUAUGCUCCUAAAAACCAAUGAGGAGAUGGGAGAGGUGGGACUUGCAGCGCAUCAAGCGUGACAAAUAGAACCAAGUUCUAUUUGAGUGCCUGGCUACGCAGACACUUGUUGACGUGCACGAGCAGUUUAGAUGCAAUGAUUGAAUAACAUGUAUGGUUACAUUUAUUUUGCAACGCUCGCGCAAGUAACGCGAGCGGUGUGGUCAGCAUGUUAAUGUGAAAGUACCAAGUUCUGCCCACUAGAUGCUGCUGUUCCUGCUACUGCCACCACACCCUUUUAUCCAUUUUGCUGGUCUCUUGUGUUUAUUAAAUAGACCACAACAUUUUCUUUGCAACUUUUGGUAGAAACCCAAUAGCUUUUGAUAUAUAUAUAUUAUUUUUUUACUAGGCCUAAUGUGUUUUGGUGGAGAGAUAAGCCACUGAAAGGCUUGACCUGGUGAUAAGGUUUGUUAUUUUAGUCGUCAGGUGGAGAAGAGAGGGCUGAGGUAAUCAGAAAAUAUUGUCCUGUCCGUCAGAGUGGACGAGCACUGAGCAGGUUAUAUGGCUGAACCUGUGGGGUGUUUUCCCCAGCUUGGGUCUCCUAGAGGCCCCUGGGCAUCAGGCCUAUCUGAAUACAAAGCUUUGCUCUGCUCUGUAAGGAAUUGUAUGGUGUGAAUGCACACCGUGAUAUUUUAUGCUUAAAAUGCAGUUUGUUUCUACGUCAAGGUCCUAUCUUUGUACUCUCAAAAACUCUAAUUUCAGCAGCACCUGUUUUUUUGGGCAAGCUUAAGUUCAUGGUUAUUGUAUAGUAUUGACUGCCCAGUGAUGCCCUUCACAGCUUUGUGUUGCAGUAUAUUAGGGGUGCGUUUUCAGAUUGUUUAGCCCUGAGGUGUCAGGCAGCUACGUCAGUUAAUGUUUCAGCUGCACUUUGUCCUGACUGAAAGCACAAUGAAACAGAGUCUGUCAGUGUGGAUGGGAGCCUGUCCAACUAUAUAGCCCAGCCUACUCUCUCCUGGGUUGUUUUUAGGCUAAUACAUAUUUUUCCUCUCUGAUGGUUUUCAUUUCUAUCUUUUGGAUGAGUAAGGUUGGCAAAUCCUCUCAAACAUGCUGCUCUAGACACACAUUGCAAAUGGCCCUGUAGCUCUGAGAUUAGAUGUGGAGGAUGUAUGGAGUUAGGGAGCCCCCCCUCCAAUGUAUAGCCUGUUCUAAAAGGGUUGAGCUUUAGGAGUGCAGACCUCACUGGCCCACGGUAGACUGCCAGGCGUCAGGUACUAACCAUUGUGAUGUCAUCUCUCUGUAGUCAAAGCCGGCCCCUGCUGAGCUAUCACUUUAUCUUUUCCUGUUGUGCCUCUAGCCUUGGAUUGAUUUUGCAUGUUCAUUGGGAUCAUGUGCAUAUAGGAGAAUAAAAACAUGUUGCCUGGGGGUUAUGCUUGUACCUUUUAAAUGUUAUGCAGUGUAAUAUCACCACGUAGUACUUUUCAGCUGAUGAUUAUGUCACAUCCCAGUUAAAUGUUCUAAGUAUAAUACAUUAUGCCUAUAGGCUACACUGUCGAUUCACUCACUCAAAUGUAGAUACAACCUGCUUUUACUGGGAAUUUCACAGCUAUGGGGAUCCCCUGGUCUCUUUCUUUGCAUUUCCUUAACAGUGACCAACUAUCAGCCCACUAAAAUAGCUGACAUAUUGUAUGAGUGUUUAGCCUACACCCUCGCUAGCUGGCAAGGUGGAAGAGUUGCCCCCAGCCCACGUCGCAGGAGGAUAACAGACAUCGUAAUGAAUUCCAGGUUGCUGACAGGGCAACACCAGCCCCAGCGCCCUAUAAAAUGUUUGCCAUCAAACUCCAUAGCAGUGAACUGCAGAGACUAGUGCACUUCAGAGAGGCAGCUAGCUAGGGAGCAAUGAUUAAAGUGGCUUUCUCUCUGUAGUGUUUCACCUUUCUGUGGAGUGAGCAGGUUCAUAUUACUAGAUCAUUAUGGCCUCUGCAUUCUAAGGAUUGUUUAGCUUUUUUCAUUUCACUUUGGAGAUCAUUGAGAAACUGCAAGUGAGAUAUUUGAAAAAGUUCAGCUCAUGCUUUGUAGUUUCUUUCUCUUUUGUUGAUUUUCUUCAUUAGUUAUUACAUCAAAUAGUGGCAAUGAAAAAAGACCAAAACAUAAGUAUACUAUGUUGUCCCAGUAUUUUAGAACAUGAUACAGAUAUGAAGGAUCUACUGGUCUGAGUCUUGUCUGAGAGGCCAAGUCCUAUUUUUGAAAAGCUCUCCUCUGUGAGUUGUACAGUACCUUUCAACACUGCAUGGGCUGCCAAAACUGGUGAAUGGCUUUUGUUCCGGGCUCCAGUGCUCUGGCCUACCAAGUCAUAGCCCUCUUUGUCGAUCAGUAAUUGUAGAGCAAAUGCUCCCCCCUCAUGUGUUGGAGUGACUCAUAGUUCACUAUCACAGACCUUGACAGUGACAUACAACACAGUUAGUACAGAGAGAUAAUAUUUUAUUGCUGUGUAUUAGAUCACCUCCUGACUUGAGGUACCUGUUGCAUUUAUGAUUAAAUUAGGUCUUAAUUGUGUGUUUAGGAAAUGGUAUGGAAAAUGACAUAUGGUAGGACUAUGUCUCACUCUUUGCACUGGCAUGCAAAGAUUGAGGUCAACGCCUGUACUGUACACACCAACCUCAAAUAAUGUAUGUACAUGUGAGAACAUUGAAAAACAUUUACUCAUGAGUCAUAAUUACCAGCCCAUUCUUGAAAGGCUCCUUGACAUGAUAUAACUAUAUUUCAAUUUCCUCUGUUAAACAGGUUUUUAUCUGUUUCUAUUUGAGGCACUUUGGCAAGACAUAAGUGGAUAUUAAGCCUAGUCUGUUAGGAAGCAUCAAUAGCCUGCCAGAUAAAAAAUAUGAUUUUAUUUUUAGUUAGUUAGUUAUCACUUUCAUGCUAUACGACGUGGGGAGUUACCUGUUCUGUAAAACCACAAAUGCAUCAAUAACAAUUUGUACAAUAUUUGAACAUUGAUAUUUCAUAUGAUCUCUGUCCCCUGUGUUCUGCUCUGUAGAACUCAUUUGGGGUCAUUAUUGGAUAUAGGGGUUUAUUGAACUCAGAGAUGGUCAUCAUGGAGAUCUAGACUAGUAAUUAUACAGUGUAAUGACAGUCUAAUAACGGUAAUGACAGUGUAAUAACGGUAUGACCGGGUAAUGACAGUCUAAUAACUGUAAUGACAGUAUAACAGUGUAAUGACGGUAUGACAGUAUAAUGACAGUAAUAAGAACUUUUGAUCAAUCAGCAGUGUUAUUAUUAUGGAGCUUUAAAAUUCCUCCUGGCCCUAUUGGAGAUUACUGUUCUUGUGAAUUAAUUCAGUUGAUCAUUAUUUUUCAAUCCUUAUGUGUUUACAGUGUUGAAAGCUCCAGGUCGGACCUGAAGAAGCUCCCGGUUUUACCCACUAGAGUCCUGAGGGAGCACCCCUCCCUGGUAUACUGGUAAGCAGUGCCACAUUAGCAACACUUUAACCACAAAUGCACAGGGGGUAUUAAUCCAAGUGGAUUACACACAGUCCCAUAGAUACCAGACCGCAGUCCUGUCAAUACCACUCCUCCCCUCACACCGUCCCUAUCCCUAUCAAAUUGCUUUUUAAUUGUAGCUAACAACUGGAUGCACAAAGCAAUUAUUUUCCCAUGCAGAUGAGCUGGUGUGGGCAGAGAGGUGGAGGUGCACCCAGAGUCCUGCCAGGCUGUUUAUCUCAGAUGGGCUGUAUUAAUUAGUGCUCUGUGUUAAUUACGUCUGGCUGCACCAUGAACAGCCAGGGUGGUGCUGACUUCAUCAUGUCCUCAUGGGAGCUGGGUUAGGCAGGAGAGGGAGGGAGGGAGGGAGGGAGGCAGACGGCCAGGCCAGCCACUGGUUAACAGCUCCUGUGUCUGUCUGAGUGCAUGCUGCUGCAUCUUGUUCUUCUGCCUCAGCAUUCAUCUGAGGCUGCAGCCCAGCCCAACAGCAGCUGUAUGGAUUAAUGGGCAGAUUGGAAUUACAGGGUUGUGUGUGUGUGUGUGUGUGUGUGUGUGUGUGUGUGUGUGUGUGUGUGUGUGUGUGUGUGUGUGAGAGAGCAGAUGGGUUGUGUGUGUGAGCUGAGAGGGAGAUGAGAACUAUGGUCAGGCCAGUAGGCCAGACAGAAUUCUCUGCAUGAACAGGCAGAAUGUGUGUCAGGGAAGGACCGUCUCACCACUUUUUUCUGUUUGGGGAUAUGUUACAAUCAGUGAUGGCUUAUUCAUUAUGGCUUUUAUUUUUCUCUAUUACAGUGAAGACAGAGUGAUCGAGCACUAUGAGAACCUGAAGGGCCUCAGCAGAGGGCAAGCCAUUGUGCAGUAAGUAACGUAAUAAAUUGUCAUUUUUAUGUUAAUCUGGGUCAAGUGCAUGGAGGAAAUGAGCUGCUGUGUACCUCUAGUUCAGCACGUUCAUCAGUCCAACACACUCUGCAGUCCUCUGUAGCGUCUACUCCUGCUAUUUAAAAGGGAUUGCUGUCACGCUGCCAGAAUGUGUCAUUAAUUAGGGGACAGCUAACUCUUACUAUACUGUGGGCAGCCAGCAGUGUGUGACAGAGAUCCACUGUGUUUUCCCUGGGAGAGCUUAGCCUAGCAAGGUCAUUUAUACUCGGCUGUAUGAUUUGUGCCCUUUACUUGAUCAAUGGAUUCUCCAAGGCCCUGUAAAGAAAUCGAUGGCUCCGCCACUGUAAGUGAUUGUGUCUGGUGAAUGACUGACUGGGGCUUAAAGCCCAUUCAAACUUCUGUAGAGCAGCCACUCACAGACGUUGAUGAAGUGUAACUGCCUGAAUUACUGCUAAUGUGUCCCACUCUGUUUUGAAGGUAUUUGGCCUUAGUGGAGUCCCUCCCUACAUAUGGAGUCCAUUAUUAUCCAGUAAAGGUAAGAAAAAAGCAACCCUGUAUCUUACAGUAGGAAGCAUCAAACAUCUGUACAUUUGUUUUCAUGUUUGCUUUCCCAUCUAACUAAACUUUUUUUAAAUUAUAAAAAAGUAGAGUGUUCAGAUAGAAAUACAGUUGUUUUCCCUCUGGAGGCUGGACAGGGACUUAAGCUGGGUGUUUGCUCUGGCUCCAUGCUUAGUAAACUAAUGAUUGAAUGAUCCUUCUCUCAGCAACUCUCUCUCUCCCAGAGCGUCAGCCCAACUCUCCUACCUCACUCAUUAAAGCAGGGUGUCUGAGCACAUCAAACGCUGCUGUUAAAAUGACUCGGUCUGUGGCUUUUUAGGGCUGCUUCAAUGCAAUUGAUCUCUCCUUGUGCUGCUAGCCUAAUGGCGUAAUUGCCACAGUAAUGGCCUGUUCUUCUUUUUUAAAUGUACCACUCAAGCUGCUCCUAAUGAGUGGUGUGCCAUGCCUUGCCUUCCCAACAGGACAAGCAGGGCCUGCCGUGGUGGCUGGGAGUCAGCUAUAAAGGCAUCGGACAGUACGAUUUACAGGACAAGUUGAAACCUCGGAAGGUAGGUUGGCCUUCGGUGACUUGUUUCUCCUUAUGGUCUAACUGAACAACCAGCCCCACUCUGGUUAAUAAUCCACCAAACUGUAAAUAAUGGCAACAAAAAGCUUGUGUUCUUGGCCAGGGUAAAGGGAGGGAAAGUUGUUAUCAACGUGGGUGUGAUGGUAUCUAGAUUAUGGUGAUAAGAUUGUGGCAGUCCUCAUUUAGGGUGUGAUUGAAAUAACCUUGACUGUGAUUCCAAAUAUGAAACCUAAAGUUACAGUUUUGGCCUUAAAUGGCGGUUGAGGUAAAAAAUAAACGUUUUAGUCUCGUGUGUUUUCCUCCACCAGCUUCAUUUACUAUGUCUCUUACCUGUUCCCAUGUUGUAUCCCUGUUGACACAGCUGGGUGUGCUGUUGCAGUGAAUGCCAAGGCAUUAAUGGGCAUGUCCCAUGUAUUAAACCCAGCGUAUCCCAGCUCCUUUCUCAGCAGCCCUCCCAGUGGAAGGUGUAAUUAUGGUGCGCCAUGGGGAGCAGGCAGGCAGGGCUCUGAUGCUGGAAGAGCCGGCACCAAGCCAGCCUGGGCUGUCUCUGUGAGGGGCUCAGCUCUGAGAGAGCUAUGCUCUACCCAGGCCAACCCACCACACAUGGAGGGAGGGAGCACUCAUGCCAAAACUCCUCCUCAGCAGACCUGGUGAAACGGUGGACUUUUGUAAUAUGCUUUUUUUUUAACGUGCACAACUCUUGUUGCUGUUCUAGAGGGGCCUGUCAUCUGGUAGAAUAUUGAUAGUUCUUCCUGUCAAGGUUGGAGACCUUUGUAUUCAGUGCAGCCCCCCCCCCCGCCCUUCUCCCAGCAUGCCGCGCUCAUUAUGCAAAGCUGCCUGUCAUUGGUGUGUGUGUCUCUCGGAGAGCAAACAAUUGAUCAAGCAAUAAAACACAAUCACCUUGGCAGGGGGGCUGUGGGAAGCUUGGGGAGGGUGUGAGGGGCUUGGAAGGGGGGUUGAGGGGGUCUGCAGAAAGAGGAUCCCACUGCAGCACUCCAAUCGUCCCGUGAGGAAUCUUGGGGAGUCGGGAUGAAAAGGCUUUUAAAAGUGAGGUUUUCCCAGAGUUCAGUGACAUGCCCUGAAAGAAGCUACUGUAGCUUAAGCUGUCAUUAUCCUCCUCAUCAUGGAUGUCAGCUUUAUUACAACUUAAUGAAUAGGAUGAACCACAACUCCCUAUCCCUGCCUGUUGGGUAAAAGAGAACUGGGGCUUUUUCCAAAAUCUCAAAAGUAACCAACAUGUCAUUCAGAUAGUCUGCUUGUUCAGAUUUAACCAUAGAUGGACCAUGACUAUGGGGGAAGGAAGAGAAAGUGUGCAUUUGAAUGGGUAUAGGACCGAAGACCAUAAAGGAGAAUAAAAUGUAUGCUAGAGCACCACAUUUUAUACAAAGGCUGUACUAUAAAUGAAAAAGGUAUUUCUAAGAUAGUCAGUCUGAGGAUGGUCAUGAUAUAGAGAGUGAUCUCCCUCUCUCUCGCUCUGUCUCUCUGUCUGUCUGUUUCAGUCCAUCUCUCUCUUCCUCUUAUCAGCAAGUAAUUUGACACUUACUUGUAUUAUAAUCACUUGCAGGUCCAGUUAUAUGGUCAACCAAUAAAACCAAAGUAAGCACAGCUCAGUAAGGAUAAAAUCAUUUCUGUAAUGGUAAUAAUCAUAUGAUUAGACCCUUAAUUGUUAUCUUGGCACAGUAAAAGGCUGCUCAAAUAUUUAAAAAGGUGCUAAAAUCAAAGGCUAGCUGUGGCAGUGGACCAUGCAGAUCCAUUCCUAACAAGCCCUCUUCACAUUUAUUUCACACCAGUAUAUAAUGGGUUAAAACCAGAGCCUUAAUUAAUGCUUGUGUUUGUAGUCGACUGUAGCAAUCUCUCUCGUCAUGCCUCUACUGGAAAUGUUCAGUGAACCAGCGUGCCAUGUGACUGUAUGAGAAGGGUGUGGUGGUGCUCUUCCUGCGUGUGAGUCCUGACCUUUGACACAUUUUUUUAUCCUCCUCAGAGGAUUCCUCCGUCAUGUCACAGGGCCUGGGGUGUCUGGGGAGGUUGUUGUGGGUUCAGGGUUGGGUCUGCAUCAGAAUGUUCUGGGAAUAUCUCAAACCACAGGCAUUUUGGCAUGGGCUCUAAUGAGAAGUGAAACCGCUAACAUCUUAAAUAAAUGAGACCGAGAUGGGGAACUACUGUUCUGUUCUCCAGAUGACUGAACUAUCUUUCUACCAUUUUCACCUCAUGUUUAGUUUUGGUGGUGGUUUCUGUGCAAGGAUGUUUAGAAGCACUGGCUUGGACUGUUUCCUCUGUCCAGAUAGUAAGUGGGGUCUUGUGAUCAGAGUUAAAGGUGUGUCACAUAUCCUUGACAUAUUUUGGCACUUACUACCAUCGGCCAUACAUGGUUAGUGCUCACUCAUUAAUAGGGUUUUGUGUGUGUGGAAAUGGUCUAAUGACCUAGUUAUGUAAAUGUUGUUAUCUGUUUAUUUUCUGAAUGUGCUGUAGUAGUAAGUAUCCAGGGGGUUUGUGAAUUAGAGAGGGGUGUCCCACACAAUGGGGUGAGCCUGUGGAAAGUGUGGAGUCUGCUGGUUCCCAUUGUUCAGUAAAUACCAUGUUCCCAAUCCACAGUGAGACUGGGGAUCUAAUUGAUUAGGCUUGCAGUAUUGGCUGGAGCAGCAAUGGAGAAACAGUCUGGAUCACUUUACUUAAAGUAUGAAGUAACAUUUUAUGAAACAUUGAUACCUAAUACACUGUUAUUGGCUGCAGCAUUUGCUUUGUCAGUUGCAGAUAUUCUGUUUUACAUUUUCCAUUGAAGACUACCUUGUGAUAGUUUGGUUUUCUGGUUUUAAUAACUGACUUUAGAGGUGUAGUGAGAGAUUAUUCCUUGUCAGCUAGGGCCUAGUUCUGAGAGCUGACCGAGAGCUGUCCUGGAUUCACAGGGAGGUGAAGAGGGGCCCGCUAUUAAUGAUUAGACCAAAGUAGUAGAUUCCUGAAAUAUUUGGAUGGGAAGCGGUGGGAGGCUGGAGUUGAUAGCACUCUAAACAACAGGGGUUGGCAUGGUAUUUAGAACCCAGAUAACACAUCACAGAGGGUAAUGGAGGUACUAAGGAUUAUGACUGUGGAGGGCUAAUCUAAGAUCUGUGGAUGAAGGGUUACAUACUGAAAGAAAGGGGGUCAUAAUGGUCUCUUCCCAGAAGAGGAGAGGAGGUUGAAUACCUCUCUGUGUGUGUAGUCCGUGUACAACUUGUUCAUCUGGUUUGACUGAGGAGGAAGAUUGUGAGAGAAGGAGUGAGUUGCACAGAGAGAAUUCAUGAGGAAAGGAGAGGGAGCAGAGCGGUGCAAGGUGAGUGAGGUCAGUGAGGUGUCUGUGAUGUCAGAGGGGGUGGGGGGAGAGAGGUGGAGCCUGCUCAGCUGAAACUCUUGCAACACCUAUCUGGCUGCCUGAGAACAGAUGAGCGUAUUGUUCAAGGACGCUCUAGCCCUGUGGGAAACUUGGCCAGAGGAUUCAAUACCACCCUGAUAAUUCACCAGGGAUUUAAAAAGCACUAAAACCUGCUCUGGUAAGCCCCCAUUUACCUGACUAGGUAGUUCAGGAUAUAUUCAGUUGAGUUGUUGUUGUCAUUCUGUUUUUGGGUUACCUGUACGUAAUUGUAUGUUAACGUGCUGUCCAAUCCACAGUUGUAAAGCAGUGACUGAGGUAUAUACUAUACUGGAAACAUGUAGAACCUGUUUGGAAGAAUAAGAUUCCUAUUGUGUUAUUAACAUUUUUACCAAGACUUCAAUGUACUAAAAUCAGUUCUCAGAUCAUAGGGGAAGAGGAGUGAAAAAAAAAAAAAGCAGUACACAGUAUCAUGGGCUGGGCUGCUUGUGAGAUCGUUUAGAUUUGUCGCUGAGGACUGUAGGUAGUCCAUGAUAUAUUACCCAUAUUCCUCUGUAGUCCAGGGUAAUGUGUUCUAUUAUUUAGAGCUCUGGCUGUCUGCCUGGCUUGCCAGUACCUGGUAGAGAAUGUUUAUUAAAUCCCUCUGCCAUAAAUCUACACCCCCAGACUCUGACGCUAGUGGUGGAUUCUCACUCAGCCAGACCAGGGGAGAGUCCCUCGCUCUCAGGGAAAAGAGCUCCAAAUCUCACUAAAUCAUUUUAUUUGCCACAUGCGCCGAAUAAAACAGGUGUAGACAUUACUGUGAAAUGCUUACUUACAGCCCUUAACCAACAAAGCAUUUUUUAUUUAAAAAAAAAAGUAAAAUAAAACAACAACAAAAAAGUGUUGAGAAAAAAAAGAGCAGAAGUAAAAUAAAAUAACAGUAGGGAGGCUAUAUACAGGGGGGUACCGGUGCAGAGUCAAUGUGCGGGGGCACCAGCUAGUUGAGGUAAUAUGUACAUGUGGGUAGAGUUAAAGUGGGGUGGGGGGUGGGGGCCAUGAUUAGCUGUUCAGGAGUCUUAUGGCUUGGGGGUAGAAGCUGUUGAGAAGCCUUUUGGACCUAGACUUGGCGCUCCGGUACUGCUUUCCGUGCGGUAGCAGAGAGAACAGUCUGACUAGGGUGGCUGGAGUCUUUGACAAUUUUGAGGGCCUUCCUCUGACACCGCCUGGUAUAGAGGUGCUGGAUGGCAGGAAGCUUGGCCCCAGUGAUGUACUGGGCUGUACGCACUACCCUCUGUAGUGCCUUGCGGUCGGAGGCCGAGUAGUUGCCAUACCAGGCGGUGAUGCAACCAGUCAGGAUGCUCUCGAUGGUGCAGCUGUAGAACUUUUUGAGGAUCUGAGGACCCAUGCCAAAUCUUUUCAGUCUCCUGCGGGGGAAUAGGCUUUGUUGUGCCCUCUUCACGACUGUCUUGGUGUGUUUGGACCAUGAUAGUUUGUUGGCGAUGUGGACACUACAGCCCCGUCGAUGAGAAUGGGGGCGUGCUCAGUCCUCUUUUUUUUUUUCCCUGUAGUCCACAAUCAUCUCCUUUGUCUUGGUCACGUUGAGGGAGAGGUUGUUACCCUGGCACCACACGGCCAGGUCUCUGAUCUCCUCCCUAUAGGCUGUCUCAUCGUUGUCGGUGAUCAGGCCUACCACUGUUGUGUCGUCGGCAAACUUAAUGAUGGUGUUGGAGUCGUGCCUGGCCAUGCAGUCAUGGGUGAACAGGGAGUACAGGAGGGGACUAAGCACGCACCCCUGAGGGGCCCCCGUGUUGAGGAUCAGCGUGGCAGAUGUGUUGUUACCUACCCUUACCACCUGGGGGCGGCCCGUCAGGAAGUCCAGGAUCCAGUUGCAGAGGGAGGUGUUUAGUCCCAGGAUCCUUAGCUUAGUGAUGAGCUUUGAGGCCACUAUGGUGUUGAACGCUGAGCUGUAGUCAAUGAAUAGCAUUCUCACGUAGGUGUUCCUCUUGUCCAGGUGGGAAAGGUCAGUGUGGAGGGCAAUAGAGAUUGCAUCAUCUGUGGAUCUGUUGGGGCGGUAUGCAAAUUGGAGUGGGUCUAGGGUUUCUGGGAUAAUGGUGUUGAUGUGAGCCAUGACCAGCCUUUCAAAGCACUUCAUGGCUACAGACGUGAGUGCUACGGGUUGGUAGUCAUUUAGGCAGGUUAUCUUAGAGUCCUUUGGCAGAGGGACUAUGGUGGUCAGCUUGAUACAUGUUGGUAUUAGACUCAGUCAGGGACAUGUUGAAAAUGUCAGUGAAGGCACUUGCCAGUUGGUCAGCACAUGCUCGGAGUACACGUCCUGGUAAUCCGUCUGGCCCUGCGGCCUUGUGAAUGUUGACCUGCUUAAAAGUCUUACUCACUUCGGCUACGGAGAGCGUGAUCACAUAGUCAUCCGGAACAGCUGGUGCUCUCAUGCAUGCUUCAGUAUUGCUUGCCUCGAAGCGAGCAUAGAAGUGGUUUAGCUCGUCUGGUAGGCUUGUGUCACUGGGCAGCUCGCGGCUGUGCUUUCCUUUGUAGUCUGUAAUAGUUUUCAAGCCCUGCCACAUCCGACAAGCGUCAGAGCCGCAGAGCCGGUGUAGUACGAUUCAAUCUUAGUCCUGUAUUGACUCUUUGCCUGUUUGAUGGUUCGUCUGAGGGCAUAGUGGGAUUUCUUAUAAGCGUCCGGGUUAGAGUCCCACUCCUUGAAAGCGGCAGCUCUACCCUUUAGCUCAGUGCGGAUGUUGCCUGUAAUCCAUGGCUUCUGGUUGGGGUAUGUACGUACGGUUACUGUGGGGACGACGUCAUCGAUGCACUUACUGAUGAAGCCAGUGACUGAUGUGGUGUACUCCUCAAUGCUAUCUGAAGAAUCCCGGAACAUGUUCCAGUCUGUGCUAGCAAAACAGUCCUGUAGCUUAGCAUCUGCGUCAUCUGACCACUUUUUUAUUAACCAAGUCACUGGUGCUUCCUGCUUUAGUUUUUGCUUAUAAGCAGGAAUCAGGAGGAUAGAGUUAUGGUCAGAUUUGCCAAAUGGAGGGCGAGGGAGAGCUUUGUAUGCAUCUCUGUGUGUGGAGUAAAGGUGGUAUAGAGUUAUAUUUAUAUAUAUAUAUAUAUAUAUAUAUAUUAUUAUUAUUAUUUUUUCUCUGGUUGCACAUUUAACAUGCUGGUAGAAAUUACGUAGAACGGAUUUAAGUUUCCCUGCAUUAAAGUCCCCGGCCACUAGGAGCGCUGCCUCUGGAUGAGCGUUUUCCUGUUUACUUAUGGCCUUAUACAGCUCAUUGAGUGCAAUCUUAAUGCCAGCAUUGGUUUGUGGUGGUAAAUAGACAGCUAUGAAAAAUAUAGAUGAAAACUCUCUUGGUAAAUAGUGUGGUCUACAGCUUAUCAUAAGAGCAAAACCUUGAGACUUCCUUAGUAUUUGAUUUUGUGCACCAGCUGUUGUUUACAAAUAUACACAGACCGCCACCCCUUGUCUUACCGGAGUCAGCCGUUCUAUCCUACCGAUGUAGCGUAUAUCCCAUCAGCUCUAUGUUGUCCAUGUCGUCGUUCAGCCACGACUCGAUGAAACACAAGAUAUUACAGUUUUUAAUGUCCCGUUGGUAGGAUAACCGUAAUUGUAGGUAAUCUAAUUAAUUUUCAAAUGUUUGAACAUUGGCUAAUAGGAUUGAUGGAAGAGGCAGUUUACUCGCUCGCCGUCGGAUCCUUACAAGGCACCCCGACCUACGUCCACGAUAUCUCCGUCUCUUUCUUCUGCGAAUGACAGGGAUUUGGGCCUUGUCAGGUGUCUGUAGGAUAUCCUUCGCGUCCGACUUGUUGAAUAAUUGUUUUUCCUUUCAAUACGAGGUGAGUAAUGGCUGUCCUGAUAUCCAGAAGCUCUUUUUGGUUAUAAGAGACGAUGGCAGAAACAUUAUGUACAGAAUAAAUUACAAAUAACGCGAAAAAACACACAAUAGUACAAUUGGUUAGAGGGCUGUAAAAUGGAAGCCAUCUUCUCCGGCGCCAUCUCUAAAAUACCCCACUCCUCCUUGUCCUGUUUUCAGUGCUCUCCCUCCAGGGCAGAAUGAAAUGAGAGGCUUCUUGCUAGGCAAGUCUUGCUCGCUACACUGGCUUCACUACUGAGUAGUAACUAAAUUCCACCUGACUGAGUGGCUGUCCUCUGUUCACAGCUGCUGCUGAGGCUGCUGUUAUUGUUAAUGUUGCAAGAGAAGGGCUGGUGUAUCUGGGACAAAACUAGUGUCUUUCCAUGCUAGUGGCAUUGUCUUUGAGUUUAGAUGGUCCACACAUUGGAUGCAUCAAGCCGUUUGGAAUAAAUAAGGAUGUAAAUGUUUGUUCUCCUGCAGCGAUGUAUCAAACCACAUCUCUCUCUAGGUCUGCCACUCACUCAAACAAGGCAUGGUCCAGUGUACUAUUUACUAAGUGGUGUGUCCUGUUUUCUCUCUCUGUCUGCAGUUGUUUCAGUGGAAGCAGCUGGAGAAUUUAUAUUUCCGUGAGAAGAAAUUUGCUGUAGAGGUGAACGACCCUGACAGGUGAGAUGGAACAGACACUGGAUGCAUAUAGCGAUCCUGGGUCGUGUUCUGAAGGGCCAGUUCCUUUAGCACCUCAAAAUGUUUUGUGCCUACUGAACUUGACCCAGGAAUCAGUCGUCUUCUAUUCUGAUCCUAGCCUUUCUGAAUCAUAACAACAGGUGUAAUUUCAGAGCCUAGUGUCAAUGAGCUGUCUCCAAUACAAUAUCUUGCUAGUGUCAAAUGAAGGCCUUCCUUCUUGCUGUAAAGGACUGCUGCAGUUAGUGUUCUCAGGACAUUGCAGCACUUCCAGCCUCAGUGCUGUAUCACAGGUUUAAUAUGGUGCUGCUAGCCACCUUGGCUGGAAUUAAAAAUCUCUGGUGCAACACCGACUUAAUGUUGCUGCAUCUCUCCCCCAUCAAUGUAUUGAAUUACAGAGCCAGUCAUGAGAUAAAUUUGGACAUUGGGUUAGUUUAUGCAAGUAAUUGUUUUCUAAUCCCUGAUUGUGUAUGAUUCUGAUAUCAAUACCCAUCAUGUUAUUAAAAGUGUAUCUAUAGUUAGAUAUCCAGGUAUUCACUUGUUGUGUUGUCAGUCUGGAUUAAAGAGAUUAAAUUACUCCUACCUAGCAGUAACAUGAGGGAUUAAAACUGUGUCUGUGUGUCUAUCUGUCAUCUCUGUUAAUCCACAGAAGGACAGUUUCCAGACGUACAUUCGGGCAGACUGGAUUGGUCAUCCACACAUGGUAUGCCAGCCACUCUCUGAUUAAGACCAUCUGGGUGAUGGCCAUCAGUCAGCACCAGUUCUAUUUGGACAGGAAGCAGAGCAAAGUGAGUGUGUCAGCAACACAGCACUACUGCUCUUCUCCUACCCUCAUCCCGUUACCUGCAUCUGUGUCUCUGUGUUGUUCCUAGCCUUAUCAGGGCCUUGUCACCGCCACCACACUCUCUCUCACUCACUCCACAUCUGAUUGCUCCUGUCCUUGUCUUAACCUUUACUCCUCUGUUUGCUAAUGUCUCUUAUGGCUGACCCCAUUUUGUCGAUUGUUUGGUCGAUAAGCUGUUUAAGAUAAGCAAGAUUUGUUUAGUCGAGCAGUAGAAAAAAAAGUUUUUUUAAAUCAUGGUGUACAAGACAACUGUGAUUGGUGCCUGUCUGAGUGGACUGAUCCAUUGUGGAGGCCAUGGGGAUGGCACAGUCAAUCAAAGACAUGUGCUACUGAAAUUGUAUAUGGUUAUAUUAUGUAAGAACAAUGGUGCAACACAAAUACAAAAUAUUAUUUUAUAACAAAUGCUUGCUGUUCUGAAAAAGAUCAGUGCGCUGGUGAAUUGGCGCCUUUUCCUAGACCAUGUUGCUAUGUACAUAAUAGCAAAGUUAACCAGCAUAUUGGUGUUGAGAACAAUGUGGCGGAGGCAGCAGCAGAGUAAGAAGAUGAGAAAACAGCCCUUGCCUUAAUUGUCUAAGAAUAGUGAGGAGAGGAAACCCCAACGUAAUUAGGUCUAUAAUCAAUAGCCUAACUGUUAAAUGUGCCUGGCUUUAUAAAUCAUCCAUAUAUAUCUACAGAAAUAAGACGGAUCCUGCUUCUGUUGCCUGUUUUGAAUGUUUGUUUAAUAGCCUACUGAUUCUGUGAGCACCAAGCCUCACGCAACCAGAACAUGUCGGAUAAACAAUUUCACAAAUUCAGCUUUUUAAAAUCUUUGCUAUGCUGUAAUAAAGGCUUUACAAAUUUUUUCGUUAGACCACCCUCUGGUAUUAUUUAUAACUUAUUUAGUGUUGUUUACACUUUUUCAAAUUGUCCAAAAAACUAGUCAAAUGUAUUCCCCACAUCUGACUUCCCCUUUACCUCCUGGGCAACGAGUGAACAUUCCCCCGCCGGACUCCCUCUAGUAAUUUGUGUCUUAAUUAUUUAAUCAAACAGUUCGCUUAAAGCAUCAGACAAGUUCAGUGCAUAUACAGUUGAAGUCGGAAGUUUACAUACACAUAGGUUGGAGUCAUUAAAACUCGUUUUUCAACCACUCCACAAAUUUCUUGUUAACAAACUAUAGUUUUGGCAAGACAGUUAGGACAUCUACUUUGUGCAUGACACAAGUAAUUUUUCCAACAAUUGUUUACAGACAGAUUCCAGAAAAUUCCAGAAAAUGAUGUCAUGGCUUUAGAAGCUUCUGAUAGGCUAAUUGACAUCAUUUGAGUCAAUUGGAGGUGUACCUGUGGAUGUAUUUCAAGGCCUACCUUCAAACUCAGUGCCUCUUUGCUUGACAUCAUGGGAAAAUCAAAAAUCAGCCAAGACCUCAGAAAAAGAAUUGUAGACCUCCACAAGUCUGGUCCAUCCUUGGGAGCAAUUUCCAAACGCCUGAAGGUACCACGUUCAUCUGUACAAACAAUAGUACGCAAGUAUAAACACCAUGGGACCACGCAGCCGUCAUACCGCUCAGGAAGGAAACGCGUUCUGUCUCCUAGAGAUGAACGUACUUUGGUGCGAAAAGUGUAAAUCAAUCCCAGAACAACAGCAAAGGACCUUGUGAAGAUGCUGGAGGAAACAGGUACAAAAGUAUCUAUAUAAACGAGUCCUAUAUCGACAUAACCUGAAAGGCCGCUCAGCAAGGAAGAAGCCACUGCUCCAAAACCGCCACAAAAAAGCCAGACUACGGUUUGCAACUGCACAUGGGGACAAAGAUCGUACUUUUUGGAGAAAUGUCCUCUGGACUGAUGAAACAAAAAUAUAACUGUUUGGCCAUAAUGACCAUCGUUAUGUUUGGAGGACAAAGGGGUAGGCUUGCAACCCGAAGAACACCAUCCCAACCGUGAAGCACGGGGGUGGCAGCAUCAUGCUGUGGGGGUGCUUUGAUGCAGAAGGGACUGGUGCACUUCACAAAAUAGAUGGCAUCAUGAGGAAGGAAAAUUAUGUGGAUAUAUUGAAGCAACAUCUCAAGACAUCAGUCAGGAAGUUAAAGCUUGGUCGCAAAUGGGUCUUCCAAAUGGACAAUGACCCCAAGCAUACUUCCAAAGUUGUGGCAAAAUGGCUUAAGGACAACAAAGUCAAGGUAUUGGAGUGGCCAUCACAAAGCCCUGACCUCAAUCCUAUAGAAAAUGUGUGGGCUGAACUGAAAAAGCGUGUGCGAGCAAGGAGGCCUACAAACCUGACUCACUUACACCAGCUCUGUCAGGAGGAAUGGGCCAAAAUUCACCCAACUUAUUGUGGGAAGCUUGUGGAAGGCUACCCAAAACGUUUGACCCAAGUUAAACAAUUUAAAGGCAAUGCUACCAAAUACUAAUUGAGUGUAUGUAAACUUCUGACCCACUGGGAAUGUGAUGAAAUAAAUAAAAGCUGAAAGAAAUCAUUCUCUCUACUCUACUGUCUGACAUUUCACAUUCUUAAAAUAAAGUGGUGAUCCUAACUGACCUAAGACAGGGAAUUUGUACUAGGAUUAAAUGUCAGGAAUUGUGAAAAACUGAGUUUAAAUGUAUUUGGCUAAGGUGUAUGUAAACUUCCGACUUCAAUUGUAGUUGAUUUGAUUAAAACACAUAGAAUGUGUGUAUAUAUGGAACAAUACACAUUUUAGCGUUUCGACCAAUCGAUUGGUCGAAAGAACCGACGACUCUUGGUCGACCAAGAUUAUUUUUUGUUGGGGACAGCCCUAAUGUCUCUGCCCCAUUUAACUUAUGCAUAUUAUAGUAUUCUUAGAAUAGCCUAAGCAUAGCUGUGGUGAUUAUUGAUUUAAUGUCGGCUGCUCUAUUUGAUUAAUCAACGGAAGGCCAUUUUUUGACACGUUUGUUUAGAUGGUGCAUAUUUUAGUGGGUUACUUUGCAUUACUGUCAUUACACAAGCUGAGUGUGAGCGAGGAUAGUUGCUCCGAGGGUGGUGAAUGAGUGUGUGUGUGGCUGCAGUCAGAUGGGUUUUUUAGCCUUUCAGAAGGAGAUGGUGCUCAUCCAGGAAUAGUGCUGAGAGAGAGAGGGCUCCUCUCCCAGCCUGAACUGAAGCAUGCAAAUAAGGCUGUUAUCUCGCGGCGCAGUCAUUUAAGAAGAAAUACUGAUGUGUGACUGUUACCUUCUCCGUCUCUUAACUUUCUUCUUCCUCUCUCCAGUCCAAAGUUACCACGGACAGAAAUUUGAGUGACAUCGCCAUGGACCUGACAGAGAUCGGCGUGCCCAGGAUCAGUAAGCUGUUUACCAUGGAGAGUAAAGACCAUCUCAUCAUGGCCAGCAACGGAUCCCUCAUCUCAGCAGGUUGACAAUGAGCUAACAACGGACAAUGCUUGACGGACAUAUCUGUCCUAUAGACUCCAUUAAGACAAAUGGUGAUUAGAUGAGAUUAAAGUGGUCAUAAUGGUCUUAAUAGAAUGUCUGCCUGAUGCAGGGUCAGGAGACUCUGAGGUGAGCGAGGAGCUGAAGAAGGAGAAGAUUGCUGACCUGAAGAAGAAAGAGAAGGACCUGCAGGACACUUUGACUCCGAAACUGGAGGAGCUCAAGAAGAUCUGCCUGCGAGAAGCUGUAAGCAUCUUCAUCAGUCUCAAGGUAUUGAAUUAAAUCAUUUCAAGUAGAUUUUAUCACAGCUGAUUGUUCUCUUUUUGUUUUUCCAGGAGCUGACAGGCAGGCUGCCUAAAGAGUACCCUCUGGCCUCGGGUGAAAAGCCCCCCGCGGUGCGUCGGCGCAUGGGAACAGCCUUCAAACUGGACGACCUCUUCCCCUAUGAUGCGGUUAGUAUGGCAGUCACAGGAUGGGAGCACUGGCUGUCAUAAAUAUGUGUUCUUUUGGCUAAUAAAUCUAAAUACUUAAUUUACAUUGUAAUGCAACAUUUUAAUAAUAUAUAUAGAGUACAUUCUCUAUAUUCGGCCAGGAUAAGGAAUUUCUAGUGAUGAAUAUGCUUAUUUUAUCCUGUGAAAAUCCUCUUUGCACUGAUCUGCAUGCCUGUGUGUAAAUUACUAAUCUCAUCUGUUUAUACUGUGUGUUGUCCUGCAGGAUCCCCAUCUCAGAAACCUGGAGAGCAGGUUUGCCCUGCAGCAGAAGAUCGUGGAGGCAGCCAAGAAACUGGCCAACGAGGCUGAGCUCUGUAAGACUGUGAAGAAGAAGAGGAGGAGGAACUGCCUGGAUACCAUGAGGAAGCUGCAGGAGAUUGAGGAGGAGAUCAACGAAUACAGGAUCAGGACGGGCAAGAAGCCCACCCAGAGAGCAUCAAUAAUCAUAGCAGGUAGCCUAUACCAUGCCAUACCAACAGCCAGACAUUGCAUACAGUCACAGUGAUAACAUGGUUUAUAGUGAAUGUAGCUUACAGAGGAAUAUUAGAAUUCCUGCCUGCAGCACCUUGUCUGUACUAGUCUGAAAGAAAGAAGACUUCAGGACAUGUGGCUUCUAAUGAAAAGCCCAACAACGCGAGCAUGUGUUAACCUCCGUUUCUCCCCUUUUCUCAGAUGAUAUGAACCUUGCUGAACUCAGCUCACUGUCCAACAGUCUUACUCUGGACGAUGGUGAGUGCUGCGGACGUUAUAUCAUACAUACAUUAGCUAAACCUCUCUGUACACAUCUGUAGCAUCCCCAUAGCUUUUAGCAGGCUGUGACGAUGACAGUUCCUUCUGUUCCGCUGUGUGUUUCAGACGAGGAUCUGGGAGGCCAGAGGCAGCGGUCCCAUUCGGUGCAGUACUCUCCCCAGCCCCACCACUCAGAAACCCUGAGCCUCCACUACCAGCCUGACCAACUGACCUCAGCCCACGACCAACCUCAGGACCUCAGCCCCAACAGCAGGUAGGUGCUCUGGCAAGGGGCUGGCCACUGGCUACAGCUCUUCAGGCUCCAGCUCUCCUGGCUCUGGGUUGUUUUGUUAUCCAGUCUGUUUCAGACUGUUAUUCUUGGGGCCCAGGGAGCAGCAGCCAGUAUAGACCUGUAGAGGAGAACCAGGGAGAGCUGCCUGCAUUCCUACCAGCCUCCUCCUUCUCUCCUGCUGCCCCCACAAUCUCCUCUUAUCUGACCAAACACGCUCCAUGUUAAAAAAAUUGACAGCAGAAAGCAUGUCUCUGCCUGCUAAGGAACAAACCACAAUCCCAAGGAGGGGAAAAUAGUCUGGGACCGGAAAGCUGUCCUAGAAACUCUAGAUUUGAACGUAUUCGCUCACUGCGUGAACAUUUACCAAAUGACUUGGAUGAUAUGCUGCUGGGACAGAGGAGAGCAGGAGUCAGUGAUUCAUUUAGGUUUCCUACUGCUACUGUUUGGUAAUGUUAUUUGUUUACUGUUCCAUGAAGAGAAAGAUCAAUGAGCUAUGAAAUGGCAGUCAUCCAGGUGAAAAUUCUGAAAUUGCAGCACGCGAGGAUACAGCGUUUAUUUUUUAUUAAAUUGUUUUAUUUCACCUUUAUUUAACCAGGUAAGCCAGUUGAGAACAAGUUCUCAUUUACAACUGUGACCUGGCCAAGAUAAAGCAAAGCAGUGCGAUUAAAAACAACAACACAGAGUUACAUAUGGGGUAAACAAAACAAAGUCAAAAAUACAACAGAAAAUAUAUAAACAGUGUGUGCGAAUGUAGUAAGUUAUGGAGGUAAGGCAGUAAGUAGGCCAUAGUGCAAAAUAGUUACAAUUUCGUAUAACACUGGAAUGAUAGAUGUGCAAAAGAUGAUGUGCAAAUAGAGAUACUGGGGUGCAAAUUAGCUAAAUAAAUAACAAUAUGGGGAUGAGGUAGUUGGGUGGGCUAAUUUCAGAAAGGCUGUGUACAGGUGCAGUGAUCGGUAAGUUGCUCUGACAACUGAUGCUUAAAGUUAGUGAGGGAGAUAAGUGUCUCCAGCUUCAGAGAUUUUUGCAGUUCGUUCCAGUCAUUGGCAGCAGAGAACUGGAAGGAAUGGCGGCCAAAGGAGGUGUUGGCUUUGGGGAUGACCAGUGAGAUAUACCUGCUGGAGCGCAGACUACGGGUGGGUGUUGCUAUGGUGACCAGUGAGCUAAGAUAAGACAGGGAUUUGCCUAGCAGUGAUUUAUAGAUGACCUGGAGCCAGUGGGUUUGGCGACGAAUAUGUAGUGAGGGCCAGCCAACAAGAGCGUACAGGUCACAAUGGUGGGUAGUAUAUGGGGCUUUGGUGACAAAACGGAUGGCACUGUGAUAGACUAUAUCCAAUUUGCUGAGUAGGGUGUUGGAGGCUAUUUUGUAAAUGACAUCGCCGAAGUCAAGGAUCGGUAGGAUAGUCAGUUUUACGAGGGCAUGUUUGGCAGCAUGAGUGAAGGAGGCUUUGUUGCGAAAUAGGAAGCCGAUUCUAGAUCUAACUUUUGAUUGGAGAUGCUUAAUGUGAGUCUGGAAGGAGAGUUUACAGUCUAACCAGACACCUAGGUAUUUGUAGUUGUCCACAUACUCUAGGUCAGACCCGCCGAGAGUAGUGAUUCUAGUCGGGUGGGCGGGUGCAAGCAGCGUUCGGUUGAAGAGCAUGCAUUUAGUUUUACUAGUGUUUAAGAGCAGUUGGAGGCUACGGAAAGAGUGUUGUAUGGCGUUGAAGCUCGUUUGGAGGUUUGUUAACAGUGUCCAAUGAAGGGCCAGAUGUAUACAAAAUGGUGUCGUCCGCAUAGAGGUGGAUCCGAGCGUCACCAGCAGCAAGAGCGACAUAAUUGAUAUACACAGAGAAUAGAGUCGGCCCGAGAAUUGAACCCUGUGGCACGCCCAUAGAGACGGCCAGAGGCAAUUUGCAGCGGAGGGUACAGAGCUGGUGGCCGGGGUAGUGGUAGCCAGGUGGAAAGCAUGGCUAGCCGUAGCAAAAUGCUUGUUGAAAUUCUCGAUUUAUCGGUGGUGACAGUGUUUCCUAGCCUCAGUGCAGUGGGCAGUUGGGAGGAGGUGCUCUUAUUUUCCAUGGACUUUACAGUGUCCCAAAACCUUUUGGAGUUAGUGCUACAGGAUGCAAAUUUCUGUUUGAAAAAGCUAGCCUUUGCUUUCCUAACUGAUUGUGUAUAUUGGUUCCUGACUUCCCUAAAAAGUUGCAUAUCGCGGGGGCUGUUCGAUGCUAAUGCAGUACGCCACAGGAUGUUUUUGUGCUGGUCAAGGGCAGUCAAGUCUGAGGAAAACCAGGGGCUAUAUCUGUUCUUAGUUCUGAAUUUUUUGAAUGGGAAUGGGGCAUGCUUAUUUAAGAUUGAGAGGAAAGCACUUUUAAAGAAUAACCAGGCAUCCUCUACUGACGGAAUGAAGUCAAUAUCCAUCCAGGAUACCCGGGCCAGGUCAAUUAGAAAGGCCUGCUCGCUAAAGUGUUUUAGGGAGCGUUUGACAGUGAUGAGGGGUGGUCGUUUGAUCGCGGACCCAUUACGGACGCAGGCAAUAAGGCAGUGAUCGCUGAGAUCCUGGUUGAAUACAGCGGAGGUGUAUUUAGAGGGUAAAUUUGUCAGGAUGAUAUCUAUGAGGGUGCCCAUGUUUACAGAUUUAGGGUUGUACCUGGUAGGUUCGUUGAUAAUUUGUGUGAGAUUGAGGGCAUCUAGUUUAGAUUGUAGGUUGGCCGGGGUGUUAAGCAUAUCCCAGUUUAGGUCACCAAUCAGUACGAGCUCUGAGGAUAGAUGGGGGGCAAUCAGUUCACAUAUGGUGUCCAGGGCACAGCUCGGGGCUGAGGGGGGUCUGUAGCAAGCGGCAACAGUGAGAGACUUAUUUCUGGAAAGGUGGAUUUUUAGAAGUAGAAGCUCAAACUGUUUGGGCACAGACCUGGAUAGUACGAUAGAGCUCUGCAGGCUAUCUCUACAGUAGAUUGCAACCCCAACCCCUUUGGCAGUUCUAUCGAGACGGAAAAUGUUGUAGUUGGGGGUGGACAUUUCUGCAUUUUUGGUGGCCUUCCUAAGCCAGGAUUCAGACACUGCUAGAACAUCAGGGUUGGCUGAGUGUGCUAACGCAGUGAAUAACUCAAACUUAGGGAGGAGGCUUCGGAUAUUAACGUGCAAGAAACCAAGGCUUUUACGAUUAUGUUUAGAGUGGCGAGGAGAGGGAGAGGCCAUGUAAUCAUGAUUCAAGCUCCACCCUGAGGAAGUCAAGUCUGUGAAAAGCAUGGUUCUUAUUUGUGUUUCAGAUUAAAUUAUGGCGAAGUCCAGGAACCUUUCCACUACAAUCACAGAGAUGCCUUAUCGAGCCACAGCAGCCCUUACAAGCCUGCCUCUGCACACAGCAUGCCUCCCACCCCCCUCCUCAAUCGCAACGCCUACAGCAGCACCCAGUUCAGGUAGGCCAGGACCGUAUCCACAAAGCAUCUCAGAAAAAGUCCUAGGACUCCUAUUCAAACCUGUUUUAAGACAAAAAAAACUCCCAGCUCAGAGUAGGAUGAUGUUAAGAGACUGCUCAGACACACUCUGAGCCAGAUGUAAAAUCAAAUUGUAAAUGUUUUUCAGCUGAUAAUCAUGACAGUUUGAGGUACCGCAAAGUAAAGAUGGUGAUGACGCUCAUUGACAUGUUGCAAAUGAUGUGGAAUAACCAAUUGCGAUGAGGCAUAGUCUGCUGUGAACUAAAUAGCACCCUUUAGACAACCACGGUGAAUGUGACUGUACAUCAAAUGUUGCAAUGGUAAAAUGUUUGAUGUAAUUUUAGCCUGACACGAUCACUUUGCCUACUUUUAUUAUUGCCUAAUAUGUUGGCGUGCAUAAGGCUUUUUUUUAACAAAUUCUGAUUGUUAACAGCUGAAUGUUUAUCAACACACUUGUCACUCCCGUCUAACAACUCUAAAUCGUUUUGGCACGGUAGGCAUCAAGUCACUUGCCGAUUUAAUGUUGCAUACAACGUUUGAAAGGUCUGUAACUUUCAUCGAAGACAAUCAAGUUAACAUAAGCCCUAGUAUCUAGACGCAUUCAAUUGCCAAACGUAAAGGCAUGCCCAAUUUAGACAUCUGUUUUAACAACGUGAUGCUGCCCUCCAAAGGGAUAACUUGAAAUGAUAUGAUGUAGGUAAUUCAAUAAUCGAAAGAAAAACAUGAUUUAUUUAGGCAUAUCAUGUGAAAUAGGCCUCAUGUGAAAUCGUCAAAAGCGCAACAAAUACUGUUGCAUGUAGGUGUAGAUUAUUUCUGGGUUGAUCAUAUAGAAAUAUCAAAACAGGAACCACUGAUUUGCUGCAUUUUUCUAUUAUCAAGACACCUGCUGGUAACUCUUAACUGGUUAGGACAGCUCAUGAGGUCUCCUAAAUAUGUCGACUAGGUGGGACUCUUAUUACUAAAGAGGCUUUAUUCAUAGCUUUUAUUUUUACCCAUAAGAGUAGGAGUAAAAUGUCUGUUCUCAGCACUUAUGACCAAUUUUCUACUCUGAAACGCUUUGUGAGUACGGGCCCUGGCCUCCAUGCCCUCCAUACACCCCUCACAUACAAAGCUGCCUCUGAUGUUCACUAACACAUCUCCCUCAACACCAGCCAGGAGCCCCAAUUAGACUAGCAUCCUGUCUAGACCUUUUGUUCUCUGUAUAACUUCUGGAUGGGAUUUCUAACCCUAUGUCAGGUAGUGAUCAAUAUUGCGCUGUAUAUAAGGAGGACAGAGGAUCAUGUUGUUCAUCAUGGUGUUGUUCGUUCCCAGGUCGGAUGACGACCCCCAGCAUUUCCGCCAGCGGAGUGGCAGUCUGGAGUCCCAGUCUCAAGAGACCACACCCUCGGCGCCAGCGUUCGUCCCGUUCCGCCGCAGCAACAGCACAGAGGUCCUGGAUGACGGCUCAUCCUACACCAGCCAAUCCAGCGCGGAGUAUUCAGCGCCUGGGAACCAUACCCACCGCCCCAGGGACCGCCGGCGUGGCAGGAAGGGCAACAUCUACACCAACACGGGCAGCAUGCCCAACUUGGCACAGGCUGAUGCCUGCUACAACACAUACCAGCCCCCCCGGGCACCGCGACCCACCACCACGGCCUACUACGUGACGGGUUACCCCAGCUACACAGAACCAGAGCCCUACUCUAACCGAGUGUACAUGUACGACAGCGAGGUAGAGGGUCACUACAACGUCAACCCCUCGUACCACGCCACGCCGGCCUACCACGGACAUGAUGCGUACAGCAGUCGCUAUGGUGACGACGAGAUAGACAGUAUGGCCCAGAACCCCUACGCCACCCUGAGGCCACCCAGGAACCGUCAAGCUCCGCCCCGGACGGAACACGUGACCAAGAACAUCCAGAAGGCGCUGGUGGCAGAGCACCUGAAAGGCUGGUACCACCGCAACGCAAGCCACAAGCAACCACAGGCAUAUGACUACAACCAGAGGGGUUCCCAGCAGAGCCUGGGUUACCAGACCAUGCCAGCUCCCUACAGCAGGACCACGUCCUACUCCUCAGGUACAGACAGCCUGUCAACUCCCUCAUCUCACAUGCAAACAGAAUGA